GUCUGGUGGCCAUGGCUCACGACAAGGAGCCCCAGGUGGCCCUGGAGGUGCUGAGGCUGCUCACGGCCAUGGACAGGAACCUGGAGGAGGCGCUGAGCCCCGAGGAUUGCCAGAGCAUCUUCCCCGUGGUCUUCGUGUCCUGCCGCGCCCUGGCCUCGGCCGCCGGCCACUUCCUGUUCCAGAGGCUGCUGGACCCCGUCCGUCACGGCGCCGGCGCGGGCGACUCGCGGAGCUUCUUCCUCAGCCUGCUGCGCUUCUUCCUGCGCUGCCGG